GCUGCCCUCUGAAGAAGCUCAGAAAGAAAGCAGAGGCGAGGAAGCAGUCAAGGUCUGCAGGUGUGUAGCCUGAGGCCAGGAGUGGCUGGCACUUCCCACCACCCGCAGCCCCAGUCCUUGGCAGGCCAGCAGAAGCAGCUGCAGCCAUGGCAGGGAUGAAGACGGCCACCGGGGACUACAUCGACUCAUCCUGGGAGCUACGGGUGUUUGUGGGUGAGGAGGACCCGGAGGCCGAGUCGGUCACCCUCCGAGUCACCGGGGAGUCACACAUUGGCGGUGUGCUCCUGAAGAUCGUGGAGGAGAUCAAUCGCAAGCAGGACUGGUCGGACCACGCCAUUUGGUGGGAGCAGAAGAGGCAGUGGCUGCUGCAGACACACUGGACGCUGGACAAGUAUGGGAUCCUGGCUGAUGCCCGCCUCUUCUUCGGGCCGCAGCACCGGCCAGUCACCCUGCGGCUGCCCAACCGCCGUGCACUGUGCCUGCGUGCCAGCUUUUCCAAGCCCCUCUUCAAGGCCGUGGCCGACAUCUGCCGCCUCCUCAGUAUCCGGCACCCUGAGGAGCUGUCUCUGCUGCGGGCUCCUGUGAAGAAGGAGAAGAAGAAGAAAGAGAAGGAGCCAGAGGAAGAGGUGUUCGACCUGACCAAGGUCGUCCUGGCUGGGCUGCUGCAGCGCCUGCCUCGGCCUGGCUCCCUGGCCGACAAGACGCAGCCGCACAGCAGGUGGCUGGACUCGUCUCGGUGCCUCAUGCAGCAGGGCGUCAAGGCCGGGGACACACUCUGGCUGCGCUUCAAGUACUACAGCUUCUUCGACUUGGAUCCCAAGGUCGACCCAGUGCGGCUGACACAGCUGUACGAGCAGGCGCGCUGGGACCUGCUGCUGGAAGAAAUCGACUGCACUGAGGAGGAGAUGAUGGUGUUUGCAGCCCUGCAGUACCACAUCAACAAGUUGUCACAGAGCGGGGAAGCUGGCGAAGUGGCUGGCACGGACCCGGGGCUGGAUGACCUGGACGCGGCCCUGAACAACCUGGAAGUGAAGCUGGAGGGCUCGGCACCCACAGAUGUGCUGGACAGCCUCACCACCAUCCCAGAGCUCAAGGACCAUCUCCGAAUCUUUCGGCCCCGAAAGCUGACCCUGAAGGGCUACCGCCAGCACUGGGUGGUAUUCAAGGAGACCACACUGUCCUACUACAAGAGCCAGGAUGAGGCCCCAGGGGACCCUAUUCAGCAGCUCAACCUCAAAGGGUGCGAGGUGGUCCCAGACGUCAAUGUCUCCAGCCAGAAGUUCUGCAUCAAACUCCUAGUGCCCUCACCCGAGGGCAUGAGUGAGAUCUACCUGCGGUGCCAGGAUGAGCAGCAGUAUGCACACUGGAUGGCCGGCUGCCGACUGGCCUCCAAGGGCCGCACCAUGGCGGAUAGCAGCUACACCAGCGAGGUGCAGGCCAUCCUUGCCUUCCUCAGCCUGCAGCGGGCAGGAGGUGGGGGCUCAGGCAACCAUACUCAGGGUCCUGAUGCCUCCACUGAGGGCCUCAAUCCUUACGGCCUUGUCGCCCCCCGCUUCCAGCGAAAGUUCAAGGCCAAGCAGCUCACCCCGAGGAUCCUGGAGGCCCACCAGAAUGUGGCCCAGCUCUCACUGACCGAGGCCCAGCUGCGUUUCAUCCAGGCCUGGCAGUCGUUGCCCGAUUUUGGCAUCUCCUACUUCAUGGUCAGGUUCAAGGGCAGCAAAAAAGAUGAAAUCCUGGGUAUCGCCAACAACCGACUGAUCCGAGUCGACUUGGCUGUGGGUGACGUGGUCAAGACCUGGCGCUUCAGCAACAUGAGGCAGUGGAAUGUCAACUGGGACAUCCGGCAGGUAGCCAUCGAGUUUGAUGAGCACAUCAACGUGGCCUUCAGCUGUGUGUCUGCCAGCUGUCGAAUCGUGCAUGAGUACAUCGGGGGCUACAUUUUCCUGUCAACGCGGGAGCGGGCCCGUGGGGAGGAACUGGAUGAGGACCUCUUUUUGCAGCUCACAGGUGGCCACGAAGCCUUCUAAGGACAGUGUGUCUACCCAUGCCCUGCUCACCAUCAGCCACAGCCACUGCCGUGCCCACUGGCUGCACUACCCCACCCCCACUCCAGGCAAGCUUCGAGCUGGGCACUUUCACCUGUCACUGGCAGACCAGCUCUGGCUGGGGCAGAUUCUGGCAUCAUGCAGGCUGGAGGGGAGAGGUGGGCCUGAGCUCGUACACAGCCCCCUUUCCCUGUUCGUACGGCCAAGGCCAACACCCCUGACCUAUGCGUGGCACAGCUCCCUGAGCAUACAAGGAAGAGGAAGAGGCAGAGGAUGAGAAAUCCUAGUGUUGUUUUUUUUGUACUGAGGAUUGAACU